UUUGUGCUCUCCCAGCAAAUUAGCAGCAGUCAAUGUUUCUUUCUACUGUGAGCAAGCUAAACUUUAAAUUGGUUGCGUGCGGUUUCUAUGGCAACUCGACGCCCCCAGUUGCGACCCACUGCAGCUGCUUGGAAAACAAUUUGUCUCUCCUCGAAAGUAAAUUCAAGCCGCUUAGCUUUCUUUGCGUUUGUAGAAUUAUCCAGCUGUGUAGGAUCAAGUCAUUCAGUCUCCUUGUGGAAAGCCUGCAAGGCAUGAUUUAAGAUAUACUACUUUGGUUUCCAUGACAACCGAGCAACAUUGUGAACCAGCAGCCUUACUUGGACUGCAUUUGUAUACCCGGUACAACAAAAUGGACCAGCUCAGCCAAGACAGAAGGGACAAGGAAGAAUUUCACUCAGGUCUGCAAUUAUAAAAGUAGAACAGUCAUCCAUUUGUGUAAACAGUUGCGCUUUGUUUUCUAUGCUUAAAGAGCAACUCAACAGCAGCAGUGGGUUUGAACCAGGUCGACCGUUUCUAAAAGCGGAUCCCUGUGACUUUCUGUUGGAUGCCAUUGACGCUCAGCUCAGGAAGCUGCAAGUCAAGCAUCAGCAGCAUGACUGUAUCAAUUCAGUUGCACCUUUAGGUUGAGUCAGUCUUUGAGUAAAGAUACCGGUCUUGGCAGCACAGUGUCCCGCACAAAUGAUACCCAAUGUCUUGUCGGAACUGCAAGUUACUCCAGCAGUGGAACAAACACUGGAGAGUACAAGCUCCGUGGCUCCUGCAACACGUGAAAUGGCCACGUGGGAACUGGACGUAUGGACAAGCAGCAAAGUGCAGAUGGAGUCUCACAAAGAACAGGUCAUGUGGAGACUAGAGAGACUUCUUGGAGAAACUUGUAAGCAGGGGGAUAUGUCAAGGGACCCUCAUCCUCCUUCCGAAAGUAUUUGUACGGAAGAUUUUGUGAGGUGCUUUAGAGAGGAGAUGGUUGAACUGGCAUUGCCAGAGGGGAGCAUUACAGAGCUCAACAAAGAGGACGCUGAAAGGACACUGAUGACAUCAGAUGUGGACCCUUGCGUAUGUGACCAAAAUGGUAUUAGAAGUUCUAAAAACAUAGCGAGCGUUGCCUUUAUCCAACAUAAGCCAGACCAAAGUGAGGAUCUGGCAAGACGUCCUUCUGAAACAUCUGGAGUUCAGACUUCACACGGUGUCUUUUUCAGCACAGAGGUUGAAAAAGAACACCAAAACCCAAAGCACAUUUCUUCUCCGAAGGUCAGGCGGUUAGCAGGAGUACCUGUGUGGAAUUUUGACACAGUGUCCAUUGACAGUGACCUUGAUUCGGUCUGCACAGAUCAAGUCAGGCAGGUCCUCCACAGACGAGCUGUUCAACGACCCACCAGAGCUGAUCGAAACAAAAGUACUCUGCAUAAAAAGCAGCAUACAUGCAGAACUCUGUCUAUGGAGGACGAUGACAAGGAAGACUCGAAAGGACACCGGAGCAGGGGGUCCGAGCUUGAGCAAGCCUCAGAGAAGAUGCACUCAGCUUGGGAGAAGAUGAGCGAGCGCCUCACUUCCCUCAGACAAAAAUGUGAGAAAGAGGAGGAGACUCUCCGCAUGAAAAAGUCUCAUUUAACGGAGGUCGAACUCUCCCUUUCUGAGCUGCAAUUGAGAAGAAAGCAUGCCUUUCAUGAUCUUGAGCGGCUUAGUACAGAGUCUGGGCACCUAGAAACAGAGAAGAGGCAGUUAGAGGUCUUGCUCAAGGAUUGUAAAGCAGAGGUAGACUCAUUAAGUUGCCAGCUGCAGAAACUUCAAAAGCAAAAGGAGUCAUUCCUCUGUCAAGUCCGGAAUUUGCAAGAAGAACUAAAGAACAAACAACUUAAGCAGCUGUCUAAGGUGCUAACAGUUCAGCAAUCUCAGACCAACACGGUGAUGUCAGAGCUGGAGAGACAGUUGGCUUCUGCCAAAGCUGAACUAUUCUCCGAGCAACGACGGGCAAGAGAGAAGCAAGAAUCCAUGCAACAAAUGCUGGAGGAAACUUGUGAGGAACUGAUGAGGGCCUCAGAGGCAGAGACCUCACUGAGGAACAGAUGUGCAUGUCUAGAGGAGACGCAGAAGCAGAAAAACAAAGAGACAGAGGCUCUGGAAUGUCAAGCACAGGAACUAGAGGGAAAACUUGGAGCAUGCACAGUCAAGGUGGAAACCCUGGAGAAAAUGUUGGGUCAGAAGGAGCAACAAGUGCAAGAGCUACGGGAACAGCAUGGAGGCUUGCAAACAGAAAGAGACAAAGUAAAAGGAGAGCUCGAGUUCAUGAAAAGCCAACAGCGCAAUGCUGUUAAAGAAGCUGAAGAACACGCCCACGCAAUGAUGGAGGCAGCGCUGAAGCAGCAGAGAAAAGAUUUAGCCUUGGUUCACGAAGAGCAAGUACAAACGCUGAGAAAUUCACUGGAGCACCAGAAGGAGGAGUCAAGGAAACAUGAAGAAGAGCUGCAUGCACAAACAUUACAGAAGGUGCAAAAAGCCAUCGAUGAGGAGAGGACAAAGUGGGAGGCAGAGAAGAUUGCAGCUGUACACUUCCACUGUGGUUUAUUAGAAGAACAAAACAGGAGGAGCCUGGAAGCUACCAGGAGUGAGCUGCAUCGAGAGAACACCAAGGCGCUUACUCUUCAGCGUCAUGUGACGGAGCUGCAAAAUCGUGUGCAGGAGCUGGAGGCUGAGCGCUCUUUGCAGCAGCGAGAGCAGGAGUCUCUGCUCUCUGCCAUUUGCAGGUCGCUCAAGCAGGAGCAACAGGACGAGCUGGACAAGUUGCAGAAACACAUGCUGCAAGAGAGUGAGAAGACUGUGAUGAAGCUUGAGCAGGCUGCACAGCAGGCCAAGGAGGAAACAGAGCAGAUCCGCGAGAUGCUUGAAGAGCAGCAGAUCAUCCAAAAUGAAGUCAGAGCUGAGCAGGAGCAGCAACUCGCGGUUUGGGCUCAGGAGCUGGUGGCGGAAUGCGACUUUCUACACCUCUUGGUAGAGAAGAACGGCGGCCAACAAAAUACUGUGCAGCUCCCUCCCGGCUCCACCAUAGACGAGGCUCUUGUGCAACUGAAAGGUCAACAAGACUCAUUGAAGCAUUUGAUUGAGUCCCUUCAUCAAGAGGUUGAUUCUCAAAGGCAAGCGAGUCAACAGCUGUUCAAAGACAAGGAGCGAGAGUUGAGGAUUCAGAGGGAGCAGAUGAGGAUGGAGAGAAACCAAGCCUUGGAUUCUCUGAAGGAGUGUCUCAUUCAGGAGCACAUUGAGGAGCUCAGUAGUUUGAAAUGGUCUCAUGUGAGUGACGGAGGACUGGAGGUCUCACUUCGCAAGCAACUGGAGGCCAAAGACAUGGAGCUGAGGCAAGUCCAGAAGAACAUGACUCAAUGGAAGGAACAGACCACUGCCCGACUAGCCUGCAAGUUUGAGGAAGAGUUGACUGCCGAAUUGGAAAGGUGCAGAACAAAGUUAUUAAGUGGCAGAAAGACGUCAACAAAUGAAGAGGAAAAGCUGAGGGUAGACGGUCAAAGAAAGCUUAGUGCAAAGAGCAGAGUCAAGCAGCUCCGUGUAGAGAACCAGACAUGGAUGCCAACAGGAUCUAACCUUCAUACAGUCAGCGCAUUUUUUAGUGUCAAUAUGGCAACACUUUUGUGUGAUGCAUUUUCAGUGGGCAUGCAAAGUAGUAUUUCUAAUACUGCUCAAUUUUGUUUGUUUUACAGCUUGAGCAAGAGAGUAUGAAAGCUUGAGAGCCUCGCCUAUCAGGCCAACCGCAAGUUAAGGAUUUGAAACGUUACAGUAUUGUUUUAAAGAUUGUCUUGUCACUUGAGGCGAUAUAGCUGUUGCAUUUUGCUUUUGUAUCUUUUACAAUGAAUCAUUCACUGUUGCCUGUACUUAAGAUAGGUCACGGUGACAAAUGACACAAGGUCAUCUUUUGAACUUUCCUCCGUGUUGAGGUUUUAUGGCUUAACAUUGCAGAGGUUUACAGAUUUCACACUGAAAUCUCAUAAAGCUCGUCUUUGUGGGAAUCCCUUAUAUGCUCAUAAAUGUUACAUCAUGUUAAGUUGUAAAGGCUAAACGGCACAAAGAUACAUUCAACUUCUGCAAUAAAUAUUUUGUCACCUAUAUGAACCAGAA